UGUUAAAAAUUUCGGAAGCAAUAUGGCUGUAUAAAACGUCAAAUAUUAUAACUCAUUUUAUAGGUAUACAUUUUUUAUUAAAAUACAAUUUGUUUCUUUUUUAUUUCACCACCGUUUUGUGUUGUUGUUUGUAUAGUGUUAGUGUUAGUUGUCUUAUUUUUAAAGAAGUAUUUUUUCUAACACAAUUUUGUAUAUUUUAUAUACAUAAUUUGUGCCCAACCCAAUUUGGCACUGGUUGCCAACCGUAUAUUGUAUUCUUUUUUAAUUUUUCAUCCAUCCUAAUCGCGUCCCGUGCGCUUCGUAUACUACUGUGAUGACUAUUUUCCGAUCGGUUCGUCCAUUGACGAAUCUUGACUGAUACGACAUGUCCGCUUGGUUAACAUCGUCAACUACCGAAAUACCGAGGUACGGCGUUAACGUAGCAUCGCACAAACGAUCACUACGAGCAUGAACAACAAUCGAGGCCGAGCGAUGUAUCCAAAUCAUAAUAGUUAUCAAACGGUCUCAAAUCCUGGGUUUUUACAACGUGCUCCACGGCAUUAUGUGAAUCAAGGUUCACAUAACAGUAGUGAUAUGAAAAAUAAUCAUAUGCCCAAUUUAACCCAUGGUCAAAUCCAAAUGGUAUCCACACAUAUUCCUCAAAGGCAGCAAGCUGCUCUCCCCCACCAUAUAAGACCAAAUGCACCACGUAAUUUACCAAGAGGACCCUUCCAGUAUCAGUUAUGCUUGCCGAGUAAUAUGGCAUACCAAGGAAGUAGUAACCAUACAUAUUAUCAACAUGCUUCUACAUUUGCUCCCCAGGCUUCACAAACUCUACUCUUGCCAUUUAUACCAAAUUACUCUGCGAAUCAAGGUAUAUAUUAUCCUACGACACCCCAAAGACCUUUUCCACAGAUGACUGCUAAUCUAUCUCAAGGGGGACCACAGAAUACCACUGUAGCAAAUAUGAGUAAUGCUCAAAGUUCUCAUGGACCAUCUCUCAUUGUACAGUCUCAACCAAUGGAAAUGUCUACCAAUUCACAACCUUUACAAGUAACGCAACAACCAUCAACUACACCUAUGCAAAUAUCAGAACCUAGACAGCCACGAAGAAAAACUGCUGCCAUUAAAAUAAUUGAUCCUAAUACAGGUCAUGAAGUUGUCGUAAAUAAUCCAUCACAAGCACCAAGUGCUGAUGAAUUGGAAAAAAUGAAAGUUCAAAGCCAAUUUCAAAGUCAAGUACAAAGUGCUGUAAAAAAAGAAGAAAUUAAACCAUCUGAUAGUAAUGAGAACAAUGAAGGAGGAGAAAAAGUUAAAAACGAAUUUCAAUCACGAGUAAAAAAAUUGGUAGAUGAAACAAUUUCAAUACCCUCUAAAGCCAUAGAAGUGGAUGGAGCUCAAAUACAUGAACCCGAACCAUUAAUUACUUCAGUUGAAGAAAUAAAUGUCAUUAAUUCAAAUAUUGAAGUUCCAAUUACAAAUAUUGAUUUAGUUCCAACUGUUAGCUUAACUAUUAAAUCUGAAGAAGUUUUGGAAGUUAAUGAUAGCGAUAAGGAAAUUUUAGCAAAUUCCAUACCAAGUUCUACCCCAGCCCUUGAUGAACCAAUACAAAAUAUUGAGGUAUCUAAUAUUUUAGAAGAAAAUCAUCAGAGUAAUCACCCUAAAAAAGUGGUAGAAGAAGAAUCUAAACCAGUUAAAACUAAAAAGAAUAAGACCAAGAAGAAGAAAGAUCAACAGAAGAAUUUGCUAAAAUCAGAUACCAAUGAUAUAAUUAAAACUGAUAAUACAAUUGAAGCUAUUGAGCCUGUUAAUGAAACAAAUAUUCUAGAAAAUAAAGAAAAUGAAAUUGAUAAUCAUAAUUCUAAAACCGAAGAAGAAGAAAGUAUUAUUCCAAAACCCGAAGAAUUAUUACAACAAUCUCAAGAAACUCAAGAUAGUGGUAUAUUACAAGAACCAGUUGAACCAGUUGUUGCAACUCCCAAGUUACCUAGUUAUUUAGAAAAAUUACCAUAUGCUGAAGGACAAUGGAGUUACACAAAUCAAACUGGAAAGAAAGUUUAUUCAAAAGCAUUUUUAACACAACUGGGAAGUGAAACUGUUUGCCAAAAGAAACCUGAUGUAUUGAGUAGUUGGGUUCAUAUUACUAAAUCACUUAAUUCACCUUCAUAUGGUUCAUCAGGAGGUACAGUGCCUCAUUUACCAAGGUCUCAAAGUGCAAGUGCAUCAGGAUUUUUGCCAUCAUAUUUUAAACUUGGAAAUAGUCAACGUGGUGGUAUGCCUAUAAUGCAACCAGGAGCUAAACGUAAUAGUAGCCAAGGAAAAACUGCUAGUAAAUCUGCUAAACCAAACACUAUACAUAUGUCUCUUUCCUUAAGAGAAGAAGUAAAAUUGAAUCAGACUGAGAAUGCUUGGGUUCCCACAGCUGUUAUAAAAGCCACAAAAGCUGAUGUGGGUAAAAAUAAAAAUGAAGAUGAGUUAAAAACUGAGGACGUAAAUAAAAAUGUUCGAUCAAUAUUAAACAAAAUUACUCCAGAUAACAUGAUUCCAUUAACUGAACGUUUCAAGGCAUUGCCUAUUGAUACAUAUGAUCGGUUAGAAAAAACUAUUGACUUAGUUUUUGAAAAGGCAAUAGAAGAACAAAGUUUUGCUCCUCUUUAUGCAUCAUUAUGUUCUGCUAUGCAGACUGUACAAGUAAUUUCUGAAGGUGAUAAACCAAUAUCAUUUAAGAAGCUUAUUAUCAGUAAAUGUCAAAGCCUAUUCGAAUUGGACAAGGCUCAAGAAAUGGAUUCUGCUAAGAAACUCUCUGAAAUUAAUUCUUGCAAAGAUCCAGAAAAGAAAAAAGAAUUACAAUUGGAAUAUGAGGAAAAUGAAAGAAGAUUACGUAAACGUUCUGUAGGAAAUUGCCGAUUUAUUGGUGAAUUAUUUAAACAAAAAAUUCUUACUCCACAUAUUAUGUUGUAUUGUGUUGUGAACUUAGUCACCAAACAUGUAGAAGAACCUCUGGAAUGUUUGUGCAAUUUGUUAAGGACUGUUGGAAAAGAAUUAGAACAAACAUAUGACUUAAAUGAUACUUUUGCUAAGCUUAAAGCUUUAACGUCUAAAGAUAUGAAAAAUAAGAUUCCAUCCAGAAUAAAGUUUAUGAUUCAAGAUGUUAUAGAUUUAAGAAGAGAUAAGUGGGUUCCAAGACGUAAUGAUAGUAAACCUAAAUUAAUUAAUGAAAUUGCAAAUGAUGCCAAAAAUGAAGCAAUGGAACAAUCAGUGGCAUUAUCGUCAUACAAUAGACAAGAUAAACGAGAGCAUCACCGUGGUGAUGAUAAUAAAUUUAGAGGUGGUGAUAAUAAAAGUCGCCGUGGGAAUGAUAGUGAAUGGAACAUUGUUCAGAAUACUGCUAAAUUUAAGCAACCAAAUUAUAUCAUAGAUCAAUCUAAACUACAAGGUUUUAAGGAAUCAUCAUCUGUUACUACUUUGGGCCCUUCGAAUAAAUGGUCAUUUUCUUCCAAUUCUAUCGGAGGAAAAGGUAGUAAUUCAUUUACGAGUAGCAAUACAUUUGCUGUUCUCAAUGAUGACAGAAAGUCGUCAACUACAUCACAAAUUAUGUCAAGUAAAAGUAAUUCUAGAAAACCAGUUAUAUCUGAAUCUGAAGAAAGAGAACGGAUGAUGUCUGGUAUAGCAAGUAUGAUGCCUCAAUUUGCUCAAACUAGCCCAUCACUAAAUUCUAUUACUUCAACAAAUACUUCUAAAGAAGCAACUGAAGAACUUGAAGAAGAAUUAAAUGAAGUGGCCAAACAAAUAAACUUGAAAUGCAAUAACAUUAUACAAGAAUAUGAGCAAUUACAUAAUUUAGAUGAUAUAAUUUAUUCACUGACUGAAGACCAAAAAUCAGUAAUUCUCACUAGGCAUGAUGAAUUUGUCAAAUCAAUGGUAUUAAUAACCCUAGAGAGUAAUCCAAAUAGCCGUACUACAAUAGCUGGGAAAAUAUUUGCUGAAUUGUUAUCUAAAAAAAUUUUAUCUAUGGCAGUUAUUACUCAAGGAAUUGAUGCUGUCCUUAAGGAUUGGAAUGACUAUUUGAUGGAUUAUCCUCAAUUCUUUUCCUAUAUUGCUGCCAUUAUUACUCCACUAUUAGUAUCAAAGUCUGCAUCAUUUGAAUUUAUUAAUUUAAAAGAUGCUUGUACUUCUAUACGACCCGAUAACUCUAGUAUAUUAUUUACUGAAGUAUUACAAAAAAUUUUGAGCUCCAAGGAAACUCAAAACAUUAAGGAAGAUGGAGGAAUUUUAUGGAUAUAUAAUAAAUGGAGGAUGUCAGAAUAUGUUCCUCUUGACGUUUUUAUGCCUAAUAACCAAAUAAAUAAAUAUUUUAAAAAUGAUCGAAUUGGAGUAUUUCUCUUAUCUGUAGCUAUGUAUGAUAAAAUGAGGCUGACUGAUAACAAACAAUUAUAUGAUAUAAUGCAUAAUUGGAUAAGAACCAAUAUCAAUGCAGAAAUAAUUAAAUGUCCUCAGUUUGUACGAGCAUUAACUAUUGCUAUUGUAAUUGUAUGCUUAAAACCUAAUCAUUCGUACGAAGAUUUCUUUGAUCAUGUUCAUGUGAAGUUGUUGACCUGUUAUAUAAGAUCAGAACCACUUCCAGAACCUGAAAUUCAGGCACGAGAAGUGCAAUGUCUGUAUGGAAUUCAAAUUAUGUCUGCUGCACUUGAACACCCUGGAGGUAUGGUAUUAAAACUCUUCCAUAAGCUUUAUCAGGACAGUGUUAUUAGUAAAGAAUCAUUUGAUCUAUGGAAAAAAGAAGAAGAAUUCAAAGUUGGAUUCGAUGAAGACUUGGAAACUAAAACUAUGGCAGUUGUAGUUUUGAACUCAUUCUUCCUUUCGCUUCAAACAAAUGAUUCUGAUGAAGAGGAAACAGCUGACCAAUAGUGACAUACACACUAUUUGUGGUUGUCAAUUCAUCAAUCGAUAUAAAAUUCUUCUAUUUUUUUUUAUUUUAUUGUAGAUACCAUGUUAUAAAAAUUAUAAAUAAGAAAAAAAUUCUAAAUAA